CUCUUUUUGAACGAAUCUGGAAAGAAGAAAAAACACGCUCCAUUCUGCUCUCGACCUCGCUCAUCAAUCGCUCUCUCUCGCUCGCGAACAACAACAACAACAACGAAAUAGCACAGCGGCAACAAUCAAAGCAAUAAAUCUAAACUAAGAAAUACAAUAACACUAAACUUAAUAAACAAAGAUUAGACUAACAAUUAAAACACAUAUAUUUUUUUUAUUUUUUCAAAUUAAAAUGAUAUAAAGACAUAAAUCUAAAUGAAAUUUUUGUAUUUUUUGAAGUAGAAAUAAAAAGGAGGAAUAAAACCGGGAAAUAUGCAACAAAUGCGACAAUUUGAAUGCAAACGAAAUACUAAUGCAACAUGAUCAUAUGAAUGAAAUUUGUAGGUCAAAAAUUGGGGUGCGACACCUAGGUGUUUGAGAAAAUGACUAAAACAGAGAAACUGUUUUCUGUUUAGAUGGCUGUUCUCAUUUUAUUUUAUGUUUUUGUUGUUUACAGAAUUUGAGGCAGAGUAAGUGAGGGAUAAGUUAUGGGCAAAGCUUCAAGGGAUAAGAGGGAUAUAUAUUACCGGAAAGCAAAAGAAGAAGGUUGGCGUGCUCGAAGUGCCUUUAAACUCCUUCAGAUAGAUGAAGAAUUUAAUAUUUUUGAAGGGGUAAAACGUGUUGUAGAUUUAUGUGCUGCGCCGGGUAGCUGGAGUCAGGUUUUGAGUCGUAAACUAUACCUUCCAGCCAAGGUUGCACCUGAUGCAAAGGAUGAAAAUCUUCCUCUCAUUGUAGCUAUUGAUUUGCAGCCAAUGGCACCGAUUGAAGGUGUUAUCCAGGUGCAGGGUGAUAUAACUAAUGCUCAGACUGCUGAAGUGGUCAUUAGACAUUUUGAUGGUUGCAAGGCCGACCUGGUUGUGUGUGACGGUGCUCCUGAUGUUACCGGGCUUCAUGAUAUGGAUGAAUUUGUUCAAUCCCAACUCAUACUUGCUGGGUUGACGAUUGUUACUCAUGUACUGAAGGAAGGAGGGAAGUUUAUUGCAAAGAUAUUUAGAGGAAAGGACACAAGCCUUCUAUACUGUCAGCUAAAAUUAUUUUUCCCUGUGGUGACUUUCGCAAAACCAAAAAGUAGCCGUAAUUCCAGCAUAGAGGCAUUUGCAGUUUGUGAAAACUACUCCCCUCCUGAAGGAUUCAAUCCGAAAGAUCUCCAUCGGCUACUUGAGAAAGUUGGAAGCCCAUCAGGGGUAGAGGAUACAGAUUGUGUUAGUGGUUGGUUGGAAGGUGCUAAUAAGGUGUAUAUCCCAUUUCUAGCUUGUGGGGAUCUCACUGGAUAUGACUCUGAUAGGUCAUAUCCACUACCUAAAGUUGUUGGAGGAACAUAUCAGAGCUUGGAUCCAGUACAACCACCUAUUGCCCCUCCUUACAAGAGAGCUCUAGAGUUAAAAAAAGCCUCAACUCAAGGAUUUAGAGAACCUGAAAAUCUCUCUUUGGAUUCCUGAUCUUGCUUAUCCACUGUUUAUUCAUAAUGCCUUAAAUUCCUUCCUAGUCUUUUGUUUUCACUGUUUUUAAAAUGAGUACAAAUUAUUUUAUGGUUAAUUAUCCGAACUUAUUAACUGCUUCAUUGGAUAUAACAACGUGAUGAUGUUUGAACUGUUUGUAAUCUAGUUGAAUUAGGUUUAAUUCAGAUUUAGUUCGAUCUAUUUUCUUUUUUUACCUCUUAAAUAUUUUUCAUCUUUAUUAUUUAUUUAUUUAUUUAAAUGUCAUUUGAUUUAAGUUCAA